UAGGCAGAUUUGGUCAAAUAUAAUUGAUUCUAAGAUAAAACAAUUAAUACAUAUAUGUGCUAAUUGGCGGGAUUCUAUUGACUUGGUUAAAUAAUAUAAAAGUCUGUUGUGUUUGAACAUCUUUCCUAUAGGACAAAAAGAAAAGUAUUUUUGUUUGAAUUAGUCCUAUAAAUAUGAUAUAUACACAUAGAUAAUCAAUUUUUACAAGGCAUACACAUCUGAUGUCUUUGCAAAUGAGGAACACAUCUACUCCCUACAAUUUACAAUCAAGCCAAAGAAGACACAAUUCUGUAACCAGAACAUAUCCUGUCUUGAAAUAUAUACGCAAGGUUACUGGAGUCUUUACAUUUUUCCUUUUCCGGCGAAAAAAGGCUAGAGGAGAUGUAACUGUUGCAAAGAAAAGCAACAAUCUGGUUGAGAAGGUUUCCUUUUCAACUGAUCUUUCAACAGGAAGCAGUAAGAGUAAUUCAAGAUUCACUUUCUCUAGUUCUUAUGGAUCUUCUAGCACUGCAAGCAGAAUGGUUGGAACAGUCAAUUUCACCAUUGAAGAGAUUUAUAAGGCAACUGAAAAUUUCUCUCCAGCAAAUAAGAUUGGAGAUGGUGGUUUUGGAACAGUUUAUAAAGGGAAGCUCAAAGAUGGAUCUCUUGUUGCAGUAAAGCGUGCUAAACAGAAUAAUUAUGACAAGCGUUUGUCUCUGGAAUACAAGAAUGAAGUACUUACCCUCUCUAAGAUUGAACAUUUGAAUUUGGUGAGAUUAUAUGGAUAUCUAGAGCAUAGAGACGAGCGGGUCAUUGUUAUUGAAUACGUCAGCAAUGGAAAUCUUCGACAACAUCUGGAUGGCACACGAGGAAAUGGACUAGAGAUCGCUCAACGUCUGGACAUUGCAAUUGAUGUAGCUCAUGCGAUUACCUAUCUUCAUAUGUAUACAGAUCAUCCUAUAAUCCACAGAGAUAUAAAAGCAUCAAACAUCCUGAUUACUGAAAAACUCCGUGCCAAAGUAGCAGAUUUCGGGUUCGCACGACUGACAGCUGGGGAUUCUGGUGAUACUCACAUUUCAACUAAUAUCAAAGGAACAACAGGCUACUUAGAUCCUGCAUACCUUAUGACAUAUCAACUCACUGAAAAGAGUGAUGUCUAUUCUUUUGGUGUUUUGCUUGUUGAACUGAUGACAGGAAGACAUCCAAUUGAUCAUAAGAGACCAUUGAAAGAGAAAGUAACUGUAAGAUGGGCAAUGCAGAAAUUAAAACAGAAGGAAGCUAUAUUAGUUAUGGAUCCAAGGGUAAAGAGAAGUCCUGGUUCAAACAUGGCAGUAGAGAAAAUCCUUGAAUUAGCUAGCAAAUGUGUUGCCUCUCUAAGACCAUCAAGACCUUCCAUGGAACAAUGUGUUGAGAUUCUAUGGAGAAUCCGAAAAGAGUUGAAAGAAAAUUCUGCAUCUGCAUCUGCAUCUUCAUCCUCAGCAUCUUCAUCUCAUCAUCAGUCUGCAAAUUUUCCUGCAAGAGAUCCAAAGAAGAGCAGAGAAAGAACAUUUGGGAUUAAAGGAGAGUAUAAGUUUAUUUCUGCAUGAGAGAAUAUGAGAUUUCUUCAAACAAUUAUUUUCUUGCUAAGUUAAUGUUCUUGAAGUCUGAGAAGUGGGUGGUUUUGUUUGCAGUCUUUAAUCUUCGAUUGAUCUGUUCUUGAACUGCUCAUUAAGAUAGCUAAAUCCAAAGCAGUGUUGAAAUUCUGCAAUUUUAAUUGUUAAAGAUGUAUAUCUAAUUUUAUUGAAUCAAUUUUUAUAAGAUGGUUACUUUUUACUA